GUUUGGCCGACUUCCACCUGUCCGCCCUUCGAGCGUUGCCUUUCGCUGCGUGUGCUGCAGUUGACCAUGAGCCUGAUGCCCCCCGCCGCAGCGGCCGGACCCGUACCCCUUCGGUACGGUUACGACAGAUCGGCGACGCGCAGCUGCCCCCGACAAGUGUACUGGAGGCCCUCCCGGACAGAGAGGUCAUCGGCCCCUCCGCGGUGGAAUCCUCCGCUCCGGCACCGUCGCCAUUGACACUACCGCCGUCUCCCGUUCGACAUGGCCACGACGACAUCGGUGAGGUGCUGGCUGCACGGGGGGAGGUUCCGACGUCGUAGUCGAGCCACGCGUCGGAUGGAGCAUCAGCCAUCGAUCUGACAGCACGAGUACUCACAAGGCCGUCCGAGCUAGCGCAUCGGCAACGAGACGACACCCAUCUGAGUCAGGUUCGCAAGGUUCUGAGCAAUGUAGUUGACUCUAGCCAGGGGGGAAGUGAGCGCGACAGGUAUAGCGUAGGCGCGGAUGAUGUGAUUCGGUCCAACGAUGGGAAGGGAAGAAAACUGCCUGCUAUUCCAGUCGCCAUGGUAGCUGACAUCAUUGCGUUGGUACACACGCUACAUGGUCAUGCAGGAGUAGGAGCAACGCUGUCCCUUCUGCGCGAUCAUUUCCACUGGCCCACGAUGACGAACGACACUCGACACUAUGUGUUGUCACGCGCCUGUUGUAGGCGCAAGAGACCGCCCAGCAGACGAGUAGCCAUGAUGCCAGGUAGACCGCUUGAGACGUGGAACGAGUUGCAAAUGGACAUCCUCAAGAUCGACACACCAUCGCAAACUGGCAACAACCACAUCUUGCUCGUGGUAGACCGCGCCUCAAAGUUUCCCUUCGGGUUCCCGCUCGAAACCAAACAAGCUGUAGGCGUAGCCCGAGUGGUGGUAGAGCUGUGUCUAACUUACGGAGUUCCAAAGACGGUGCGCUGCGACGAAGGCCCAGAGUUUGGUGCAGAAGUGAUGAAGCACUCGUGCAAAUGGUUGCGGGCAAACAUCGUGUUUGGUGCUGCUGAUCACCCUCGAGGCCAAGGAUCGGUAGAGAGACUGGGGGGAUGGCUGCAGGAGUUGUUGGCUGAGCUGUGCAGGCUCUGGCCUGACCGAUGGGAUGAGUAUGUUUCGCCUGCGAUGUGGAUCAAACGCACCUUGCCAGACACCUCGCUCCCAUCUAAUAUGACCCCCUUCGAGCUCCUGUUCGGCCGCAAGCCUCGCACGUCGCGGGAUUCGUUAGUUCCCCUUACGGACGAGAUGGAUCAGGAACGAGGAGUCGACAACUUCGUGGAGAGGCGCAAGCAAAAUCUCCGUGAAGUAGGACUCGCCCUCGAGAAACGGCAGGAACCUCGAGUUGCUGCACGCGCGAAAGCCAACGCCUCUAUCGAUAGGUCGUCAGCUGGAGUGGGGGUCGUGAAGGACAGCCUGGUGCUCGUGAGCGAGUCCGAGAGUAGUCGACAUCGUGCCCACAAGGGAAGAAAGCUUCAACACGAUCUCUACACAGGACCGUGGAAAGGGACGGGGGUGAUCCAGCCCGGUCUCAGUGUAGAAGUCAUGAUGCAUGGUAGAAAGAAGCGUAGCCGACGGGUAUCUACGGCCGACGUGAAACCUUUCCACCUCCGAGAACUUCCUUUCCGACACUUGUUAGCCGAAGAGUUCGCCCAGUAUGCGUGGGGACCCGAUUUCAAAUUGCCUCCAGGGACUCAAGAGAGUUUGGGUCUAGUCACUAUCGCCGACUGCCGCAGAGUUCAACCAGCUUCUGGCAUGCGAAGUGUUUGGGAGUACAAGGGUAAGUCAGGGAACGGUGUUGUGUCGGACUGGCUGUCGGAAGAGACCAUGCGACGCAUUUUCACACCCCUUCAGUUGGAUUGCUUCGUUGCUCUCUGGCAUUUGUAUUUUCCCCAGCUGGGAAACGCUUCUGCACCCGAGUCAGUCAAGCUCCGUACCCCGUUGUCCCGCGCCCAAGCCUUGCACGUUUUCCCGAUAGGUUUUACCUUCCAGAAGGAGUUAGGCGGAGGAAUCGUACUUCAGGGUCAGGUGUAUGACUACCUUUACCCCAACUGGCGCGUGCGCUACACUGACGGGAACUGGGAGGAGCUGUCCGGACGCGAACUGGAAAGACCUUCGAGAUAGCCUUGGGGGGAGGGAUUUCGAGCUAGUGUGAUUGCUGGACGAUGGGGAUGCGUGGGGUUAGUGAGACCGGUUGCGGGUGAUCAUGGAUGUCCGUACAAGAUUCGGUCAUAUGUAUGUACCAUGGAUAGUUUUUGAUUAUUGUUGAUAAGAGUUUCUUUUGUUCCGGUUUUAGACUAUGCAUGUCCACUUGAUUUUUGAGUAUUGUUGAUAAGGGUCUUUUGUUUCGGUUUUUAUGCAUGUCACAUUGAUUUUUUGAGUACGCCACCCAGUUGAGGUUCGGUAAAGCUUAACUGCUCGGAGACCGUACUAGCCAGCCAGAUGUCCUGAUCUGAUUUGCAGUCGAAGGGUGGGUCCUGCGUCCGGUAGCACCCACGAGGGUUUGUUUUGUGUGCUAGUCUGGUUUGCAGUCGAAUGGUGGUCCUGUGCCCGGUAGCGGCCAAAAGGGUUUGUGCUGUUGUGCCGUGGCAUUUGAUUGGGUUUGGUGUUGUAGGUGCUUUGCGCAAUGGCCUUUUUCCUGGGUGACCAGGUUUUUCCCGCGCUGUAGGUGUUGAGAGCCGGACGGCAACUACAGUGAAUUCACCACGCGAGGGACGGUUUUUUGUUAGAGUAUUUUACGUCCGAGUGUCACUUGGUGUUUUCGGUUGUUAAGUCUAAAUUAUUGGGCUCUCGGGAUGGGGAGCGAAGCGUUUGUCCCGAAGGCCGGGUUUUCCUUCGCGCAAGUGGAUGUCGGGCCGUGGUUCAACGCGCAGUGAGAAUUAUGAAGAGGGGUGGAUUUUAUUUGGGUUUUACCACUAUUCACCUCUUGUAAUUUUCGGUUGAAGGUUCAGCCUACUCAAAGACAUUGCAUGGUAGUAUUCCAAAAAGAAGCGUGUCACUUUGCGGUUUACACAUUUCCUGCUACCGUUUACUAGCAUGUGACAGCUGACAAAUAGCUGUUCAUGCUAAUGGGGGGAUGUUACGGUUACAUUGUUACGGUUGAUAGGAGAUGCACCUUUGGGAGGAUGCGUUAUUCCCAACAGGUACUAGCAGUAAGGUCCGGUUUGCCGGGCCCCGUCUAGAGGCCAGGUUGCUCGGUCCCCUUGCCUUCACUUGACUUGACUUCUCCAUACUACUUCUCCUUGCUUGCCCUGAGCUAGCAAUAUUCAACAAGCGAAUACCGUAUCCACGACCGGAGACCUUCCACUCCUUGUCACAAGCCACCUUCGAGGCUCACCUCUACCGCUGUUCCGGCUCAUCUACCGAACUCGGUACCGAUCGAGAGGCAGCUACCAUCAGGUCGCAUGUGCAAUCCU